AUGUUGGCCAGGCUGAGGACAAUGACCAGACUCACCUUCUUGCUGUUCCUGUCUGUGGCCACCAGCAGGUGCAGUGCAGCUGUGGCCUCUUCUCUUGAGAUGCUCUCGAGGAUGGAUGGAACCUGUGCCUCCUCCUUUUCUUCCCUGUCUAGAAGCUGCAAGGAAAUCAAGGAACGUUGCCAUAGAGCAGGUGAUGGCCUGUAUUUUCUCCGCACCAAGAAUGGUGUUGUCUACCAGACCUUCUGUGACAUGACCUCUGGGGGUGGCGGCUGGACCCUGGUGGCCAGCGUGCACGAGAAUGACAUGAGUGGGAAGUGCACGGUGGGCGAUCGCUGGUCCAGUCAGCAGGGCAACAAAGCAGACUACCCAGAGGGAGACGGCAACUGGGCCAACUACAACACCUUUGGGUCUGCAGAGGCGGCCACGAGCGAUGACUACAAGAACCCUGGCUACUAUGACAUCCAGGCCAAGGACCUGGGCAUCUGGCAUGUGCCCAACAAGUCCCCCAUGCAGCACUGGAGAAACAGAGCCCUGCUGAGGUACCGCACCAACACUGGCUUCUUCCAGAGCCUGGGACAUAAUCUGUUUGGCCUCUACCAGAAAUACCCAGUGAAAUACGGAUUAGGGAACUGCUGGAAUGACAAUGGCCCAGCCAUACCUGUGGUCUAUGACUUUGGUGAUGCUAAGAAGACCGCAUCUUAUUACUCACCAUAUGGUCAACUGGAAUUUGUUGCAGGAUUCGUCCAGUUCAGGGUUUUUAACAAUGAAAGAGCAGCCAAUGCCCUUUGUGCUGGGGUUAGAGUUACUGGCUGUAACACUGAGCAUCACUGCAUCGGUGGAGGAGGGUUCUUCCCAGACGGCAAUCCCCGUCAGUGUGGGGACUUCUCUGCCUUUGACUGGAAUGGAUAUGGAGCUCACGUUAAGGGCAGCUGCAGUCAGCAGAUAACGGAGGCCGCUGUACUCUUGUUCUAUAGAUGAGAGAGAUCUCUGCAGUGUGGGGAUAAGAACCCAUCUUCUAACCCUGGCUAU